AUGCAAACCGUAUUUGAAUGUGAUAGCGAUAAUAUUAAUCAUACCGAUAAUCAGGAAACUAUAGAGACUACAAUAGUUCAAUCCUCAUCGUCAAAUGAUAUUAGAAAUCAGUUUAUCUCUACGUUGGAUCAUUUUGUAUGCAAAUUAAUUAGGUCUUUAUGGAUAAUUCAGCGUUUGAAUAUUGAAAGCAGAAAUGACAUUAAUAACAAAAAUAAUACCGCUUGUCUAAAAGAACAACAAGCUUAA